UUACAGCAGUCGUGGUUCAGCUCAGUUUGGUGUAGUGCGGUGGACGCAUACUGGAGGAAUCAUCAUGGCACCAAUGGGACUAAAAGCCAUUGUUGGAGAAAAGAUAAUGAACAAUGUCAUCAAGAAGGCAAGAGAAAAAGGAAAAUGGAAGGUGCUGGUGGUGGACAAACUCAGCAUGAGGAUGAUUUCCUCCUGCUGUAAGAUGACAGACAUCAUGUCAGAAGGAAUCACCAUUGUAGAAGACAUAAACAAGCGGCGUGAGCCUCUGCCCAGCAUGGAGGCCAUCUACCUGAUCACACCAUCAGAUGAGUCUGUUGAGGGUCUGAUUGAUGACUUCAGAGACCCACAGGCUCCAAGGUACCGAGGGGCCCACGUCUUCUUCACUGACACAAUCCCAGACUCCUUGUUUGGAUUGUUGACCAAAUCCCGCGCCUCCAAAGCCAUGAAGGCCUUGACUGAGAUCCACAUCGCCUUUCUGCCCUAUGAAUCUCAGGUCUUCUCCCUAGAUAAAGUGGAUGCCUUUCAGGACUUCUACAGCCCCUUCAAGUCUGACGUCAAGAAUAACAUGCUGGAGCGCUGUGCUGAACAGAUCGCCACCCUCUGUGCCACACUCAAAGAGUAUCCUGGAGUCCGAUACAGAGGGGAGUACAAAGACUGUGCAGUUCUGGCCCAGAUGCUUCAGGAGAAGCUGGACGGCUACAAGGCUGAUGACCCCACCAUGGGAGAGGGUCCAGACAAGUCUCGCACUCAGCUGCUCAUCCUGGAUCGAGGCUUUGAUCCUGUGUCGCCUCUCCUGCACGAGCUCACACUGCAGGCCAUGGCGUACGACCUGCUCGGCAUCGAGAAUGAUGUCUACAGUUUUGAGACCAGUGGUAUGGGUGAGACCAGGAUGAAGGAAGUAUUGCUGGAUGAGGACGAUGACCUGUGGCUUACUCUGAGACACAAACACAUCGCUGAGGUGUCAACGGCUGUGACUCGUUCUCUGAAAGAAUUCUCUGCCAGCAAAAAGAUGAACACGGGUGAAAAGACCACCAUGAAGGAACUGUCUCAGAUGCUGAAGAAAAUGCCUCAGUAUCAGAAAGAACUCAGCAAGUAUUCAACCCAUCUCCACCUAGCUGAGGACUGUAUGAACCGCUACCAGGGCACUGUGGACAAACUCUGUCGUGUUGAACAGGAUCUGGCGAUGAGCACAGAUGCAGAGGGUGAGAAGAUCAAGGAUCCCAUGAGGCUCAUUGUUCCCAUUUUACUGGAUGCCAAUGUCAGUGUGUCUGACAAGAUCCGCAUCAUCCUGCUUUAUAUCUUCCUUAAAAAUGGUGUGACAGAGGAGAAUCUGUGUAAACUCCUUCAGCAUGCCAGCAUCCCACCAGAGGACAGUGACAUCAUUUCCAACAUGGCCCACAUGGGCAUUCCCAUUGUCUCUGAGGGCACUGUCAAGAAAGCCAAAAAGCCUGACCGUAAGGAGCGAGUCAGUGAACAGACCUACCAGCUCUCCAGGUGGACUCCUCUUGUCAAGGAUCUCAUUGAGGACGCAAUUGAGGACAAACUUGACCCCAAGCUGUACCCAUAUAUUUCCCAGCGACAAGCAUCUGCCAAAGCCAGUGCUCCAUCAAGUAGUGCUCGCUAUGGCAACUGGCACAAGAAUAGGGGCCCAACAGAGAUGAAGACUGGGCCCAGGAUCAUUGUUUUCAUCAUCGGAGGCAUGACGCACAGCGAGAUGCGCUGUGUGUAUGAGGUCACACAGGCCAAUGGCAAGUGGGAGGCCCUGAUUGGUUCCACCCACAUUAUCACGCCUCCUAAGUACCUAAAGGAACUACAGCACCCAGACUUCUUGGACCCCAACGCUCCACCAGAGGGCACAGAGGAGCCACCGGCAGAAUGAAAAGACAUUCGGAAGAUCAACUGAAAUCUUCACCCCUUCUCGUCUUCUAAAGGUCCUCAAAGACUUGGAGAAAGAAGAGCAGACUAGUUAAGAAGCUCCUGUUGUGCUCCCUACUUAGUCGGCAUUGAACAAAAACACCAAACCAUGACUCAUCCUGUUUCCUCCUCUCUCCUUUCCCACCCAGAAUGGCACAUCAAAUAUACAUUUGGUGUUGUAUACAAUUCAGUUGCUGUUAACUCAUGACCUACGCUGUGUUUUAUUCACCAUGUGUUGAGUUUUAUGUGUGUUGAUCAACAUUUUUUGGAAGAGAGUGAAUUUGUGUUGAACGUUGUCUACUGUAUAUCAACUGUGUUUUGUGGGAUUUUAUUUAUUUUGGAAAGUAAUGUGGAAAAUAAUUUAAUUAGCUGGAUGAGAUUGAGGGAUUAUGGGCUAAAAAUGCCUCCCUGUCAUAAGAGAAAAAGGUUUUUUUCAUGGAACACCUCUGGAUUUGACACAUCAUCUGUGAGUUACUUUAAUUGCAGUAUCUCCCUACCAAUAUACAGCCUUCUCUUAAUUAGCUGGAGGUUAUGGUUAUCUUUUAUGUAGUGCUUUCCAUAGAGUACCAACCAUGCCAUACUGUAAAAAUCCUCUGAUUUGCAACGUGUCUGACCUUGGAAAUGCCAACAUACAUACACUCUGAUGGUAUAUUCAGUCGAAGUUGAAGCAUAUAAAAGAUAAAUAUACAUGAUAGUAGUUGGAUUAUUUCUUGUGCAUUGUCUUAUUGGCUCAGCAUCAGCAGUUUUUCAGGCAGUGGAAUUCUUCUCCUGUAGCAAUUUAGUUUCCUUUUUGUUCCCUGUGUUUGACCAUAAUGCUGUCAUUGGUUAUUGUUGUAUAGCGUUUCUAUAUAACUAGUAACUAGUCCACUGUGUAUGAACAGAGACACCAGUAUGAUCAAAAGUCUGUGCUUUUAUCUACACAUCUAUGAACUGUACUUGCUGCAGGAUGUGUUCAGUGCAUAAAGUGGCUUUCAUUCAA